UGCCUGUGUGUGCUGGAGGAUGCAUUUACUACAAAACUAUAUAUUUCUCGCAUAUACAGGUAUUGGACAUGGAAAGGCUACAAUAUACGCUACCAAAGGAGCGGCGACCAGGGAGAGCCGGUGCUGCUUGUGCACGGGUUUGGGGGAAACGCAGAUCACUGGCGGAAAAAUACGCCGUCGCUGGGUGCGCGCCACCGCGCCUUUGCCAUCGACCUGCUCGGAUAUGGCUUCAGCGAUAAACCGAACCCCAGGUCCGCCCCCCCCAACUCGCUGUACUGCUUUGACAAUUGGGGUGAGCAGCUGACGGACUUCAUUCAGCAGAAAGUCGGGGAGCCUGCCUUCGUCGUGUGUAACUCUGUGGGAGGUCUCGCGGGUCUUCAGGCCUCCAUCUCCGCCCCUCACCUUGUUCAGGGGGUGCAGUGUUUGGACAUCUCCCUGCGGGGGCUGCACGUGCGGCGGCAGGCCUCCUGGCAGCGGCCCAUGGUGGCGGCAUUCCAGCGCCUGCUCAGAGACACCCCGGCGGGGAGGGCCUUCUUCGCCAACGUGGCCACGGAGCGGACCGUGGGCAACAUCCUUCGUCAGGCGUACGGCCGCAAGGAGGCAGUUACGGAGGAGCUUGUUCAGGCAAUCCUGCGACCAGGGCUGCAGCCCGGUGCCGUGGACGUAUUCCUGGACUUCAUUAGCUACAGCGGGGGCCCACUCCCCGAGGACCUGCUGUCCGCCACCCGGGUCCCCGUCAGCCUGGUGUGGGGGGAGGCGGACCCGUGGGAGGAUGUCAACCUGGGGAGGCGGCUGUUCGCGCAACUGCCCGCUGUCGUGGAGUUCGUAACACUGCCUGGGGUGGGUCACUGUCCCCAGGAUGAGGCCCCCGACCUGGUCAACCCCCUCAUUGAGAGGUUUGUGGCCACAUAUGCCUCCAAGAAACAGGCGGCUGUAGCAGCCGCGUCCGUUAGCACUGGUAGCAACAGCAGCAUCAGUAGCGGUGGCGGCGGAAUGUAG